AUGACGAGCAAUAUCAAUCUCGACGGCAGUGAUAAUCGACUUGCGCGCUGGGAACCUCGUUAUGUUGAGAAUAUAAUUUUUCCGGUCAUGGUGGUCUCAUGUAUGGGAUCAAAGGACACCCGGAUUCUCGUGACGUAUUAUGAUGGUACUAAUCUGGUGAUUCAUUGGGAGUGGCUUGUAUGGUUUCAGUUGAAAGAAUGUCGAGGCGAGGUUAUUUUCGAGGUGGGCUGUCUAGCUCGCCAAAUUGACUUGUCAUCCACAAUGAGUGUGAUAGUAACACAGGCAAGUCAUUAUAAUGGGCGGCAGUCCAACCAGACAUCAGAGCACGCUACGACGCACUCAUCCACAUCUACCAAACUGUUCUCGACCAAACCCCCUCGGCCCCAUCGACUUCCAAAACCUCCACAUCAGACUCCCCCCUCUCUGCUAACCCAUAAUGGACAUCUCGAUCCAGCCAUCGAAUCGUUCUUCAAACUGUUAGACGAGAAUGUCUCUUCAGGGAUCCCGACGAUGAAUUAAUUCCGAGCGACUAUCCGUCACUUGAAGAACUAAAACCGCUCUACAAGGCCUUUGAGAUCUUAGGGUACACUGCUGAAUAUGUUCGGACUGCGUUGAGAUACACGAGGGAUAUUAAUAUCAUGUACUGGAC